AGGAGGCCUUGAUCCCUUGAUCACGCUCUGCUGCUGCUGCUGCUGCUGCUGCUGUUACCUCCAGUCCCACUCCACUGUCGGCAAUACUCGCCAUGUCCGAGCGCACGUCGAUUCCUGACGAGAAAACGCUUGAGCGGCUCCGCUCCGACUACGGCCAAGCCAAGCCGCGCGUCGCACCGCUGGUCGCGCUGCGGCCGGAAGAGCCACACUCUGAGCCGGGAUGCGUCACGAAGGCGCACCGCUAUUUUUGCGGCUCGGUGAAGGCCACCAGCUACACGAUGCUGGCGCUUCUUUCGUUUGCGGCACUGUUCUGGAUUCCGAUGAUCUGGUACGUUAUUAUUCCGGCAGUGCUCGACAUGCUCGUCGGCGCAACGAGCAUCAACAUCCAUAACGCGACGAUGAGCGCUCCAACCGAGACCAGCAUGAGGGUCUCCGCCGUCGUUGAGAUCAACAACGCCGGUCCCUUCGGGUGCGACGUCGACGCCUUCAACGCCACCGUCCAUGGCCCGCCAGAGGAGGGCGCGCCCAGCGGCCGGACGAUCGGCUGGAUGGUGGUCCCGCCAUUCACGCUCAAGGGCAACGGCCCGGGCGUCAUCAAUCCGUCUACAGUGAUGCACGUGACCGACGCCGCGGCCUUCAACAGGAUGGCGAAGCGUAUGCUCAACGGUGACGCUGUGCCGUGGAGAAUGACCGGCGAGAGCACCGUCUGGUCGAUGGGGAUCCCCUUCCCGCUCUCCAUCGACAAGGAGACCACCUUCCCACCGAUUCAGCUGACCAACUACGCCACGAGCAACCUCGAGAUGUCGCACGGCAACACGACGACCAACCAGCUCGUGAUUGACGCGGACGUGAGCUUUUACUCCGCAUCGCCCAUGCGUCUCGAGGGAUUCGGCCUCCUCAAGGCAGAGCUCUACUACGACGUGUCCGGCAACAACCCCGACCUCAGCCCAGCCGAACGUCUCAAGCUCGCCGGGCCUCCGCUUCGGGCAGGACACGUCAAGAUGGGCGAGUGCCACAUGUACGACUACACCGUGGUUCAGGGGAUGAACACCAUCAAGACGCGCAUCUACCUCGACGCAAACUACGCGACGGGCCAGUCGCUCGGUCGCUGGGCGUCCGAGUUCGACCAGACCAUCGUCUCGGUCGGGCCGACCAACAUCUCGCCAUUCAUCGACGGCAUCUGGGAGGGCGCCAACGACAUGCCGGGCUCGAGCAUCACCCUGUACACCGCCACCUUUGUCACGGCGGACACCCUCGUCAAGGGCUACAACCCAAAGACGGGCGAGCCGUGCAAAGUCUGGGACGGGGGCAUCGACUCCUGUGACCGGGGCUCGACGGUGAUGGGCAUGAACCCGUUCAAGCGCGAGUGGUUCAUCAAGGACAUCGAGUACGAGACCUACCUCGAGCAGGAGUACGAGUACAGCGGCACCUUCCUCACCAAGGUGAUCCCCGGCCAGGAGAAUGUCGAGGUGCCGUUCACCGGCGGCACCACUGUUGGCGACCUCUUCAACAUACCGGCUGUCAGCUUCAGCUGCGGCCGCUCCAACGUGCUCGGGCGCACCUUCUCCAAGCCGGGCAUGUGGGCCGGCUACCCGAACCACUCUCCGGGGGUGGGCCUCUCCUACCCGCCCGACGACCCGAACACGACCGGCGUCGAUGAGAACCUCCAGGCGCGGCUGGCAGACGCCGUCAUUCCGGUCCCGCCGGCGACGGUUGCGGCGGACGGCACUCUGAUCCCGUCCGUCUACAGCUUCACCAUGCCCGUGCACCCGAUCCCGGGGACGAGUGUGGACAGAAGCGGCGACGGGCCGUGCAUCUGGGGCUUGAAGAACCUCAACCCCUUUGACUGCUGCAUGACCACCAUAUUCACCGCGGCCGCGUGCAAGGCGGCGGAGUCGGGCAAGAAGCAGAUCACGGUGACGAGCUCCGGGUCUGCUGUGAUGAUUGUCGACGGCGUGGAGCUCAAUAUCAGUACCUCAGUACGGAUGCCCGUCACCUACACGAACGACGUGCUGCAGUUUGACGCCAUCCCGCCCGACAGCUACGGCGCGCUCGGCCACGUCGUGGACGCCGGCUUUGGCUGCGACGACAUCGAGUUUACGGGGGUCUCGGCGUGAGAGCCGCGCAGCUGCGAAGUGGCUUGGUCUCUUCUGGGGCGGGGAUCGGCGUGCACGCGCCGCGAGCGCGCGGUAACGAAUGACAAUGAGUCGGCUGGUGUGCUGCGCGGGGAUCUCGUGCGCGGGGGACGGGCGGGAGCGGGGAGGGAGUGCCGUGAGUGCCGUGUGUACUUUUGUAUGUGACGUGUGACCUGUGAGCUGUGUGUGUGUGCCCCUGAACACAAGUAAACAAGUGACGAACACUCC